AGAAUGCUGACAUGCGCAAUGGGAGCUGUUUGUCCGCCAUCGCGGUAGCAGUGUCUGGGAUAUUGGGAAAAGGAAUCAGAACUGGUGUAGUAGGUAACAGUACAGUAAGCGAGCGGGUAGUGGAGAAGCUUUCGCUCAUAUCCACAUUUUUAGCACCUCCUGAUUUUUUUGUUUUAUACAAUUUAAUGUGAAUAAUAACUAGAACGUCACAAGCUAUCCCCUUUCAGCAGUCCCUAACAUGUCGAACCUCACCAAAGGCGGCCCCAAGAAGGACACAAAGAUGCGGAUCCGAGCUUUUCCUAUGACUAUGGAUGAGCGGUAUGUAAACAGCAUCUGGGAUCUUCUUAAAAAUGCUAUUCAGGAGAUUCAGAGAAAAAACAACAGUGGUCUCAGUUUUGAGGAAUUGUAUAGGAACGCUUAUACCAUGGUAUUACAUAAACAUGGGGAAAAACUUUACACGGGUUUGCGAGAAGUUGUAACUGAACAUCUUAUCAAUAAGGUCAGAGACGAUGUAUUAAAUUCCUUAAAUAAUAACUUCUUACAAACAUUAAAUCAAGCCUGGAAUGACCAUCAGACAGCCAUGGUGAUGAUCAGAGACAUACUGAUGUACAUGGACCGUGUAUAUGUACAGCAGAAUAAUGUGGAAAAUGUUUAUAAUUUGGGAUUGAUAAUUUUUCGAGAUCAGGUUGUGCGGUAUGGAUGCAUUAGAGAUCAUCUGCGACAGACCCUAUUGGACAUGAUCGCACGGGAGAGGAAGGGAGAAGUUGUGGACAGAGGAGCAAUCCGGAAUGCAUGCCAGAUGUUGAUGAUUCUUGGUCUUGAAGGAAGAUCAGUCUAUGAAGAAGACUUUGAGGUUCCAUUUUUGGAGAUGUCUGCAGAAUUCUUUCAGAUGGAAAGUCAAAAGUUCUUGGCUGAAAACAGUGCUUCUGUGUACAUAAAGAAAGUAGAAGCUAGAAUUAAUGAAGAAAUUGAACGAGUAAUGCACUGCCUUGACAAGUCAACAGAAGAGCCUAUAGUUAAAGUUGUUGAGCGGGAACUUAUUUCUAAACACAUGAAGACUAUAGUAGAAAUGGAAAAUUCUGGACUAGUGCACAUGCUAAAAAAUGGCAAGACUGAAGAUCUUGCUUGUAUGUACAAACUUUUCAGUCGUGUGCCCAAUGGACUGAAAACAAUGUGCGAGUGCAUGAGCUCUUACUUGAGGGAGCAGGGUAAAGCUCUUGUGUCGGAGGAAGGAGAAAGUAAGAAUCCAGUUGAUUAUAUCCAGGGCCUUCUAGAUCUGAAGAGCAGGUUUGAUCGGUUCCUCCAAGAAUCCUUCAACAAUGAUCGCCUCUUUAAGCAGACUAUUGCAGGAGACUUCGAAUAUUUCCUCAAUCUGAAUUCCAGGUCACCAGAGUAUCUCUCACUGUUUAUUGAUGAUAAGCUGAAAAAAGGAGUGAAAGGACUGACGGAACAGGAAGUGGAGACUAUCUUGGAUAAAGCAAUGGUUCUUUUUAGGUUUAUGCAAGAGAAGGAUGUGUUUGAACGGUAUUAUAAACAGCACUUGGCAAGACGACUUCUCACUAAUAAGAGUGUAUCUGAUGACUCUGAAAAAAAUAUGAUCUCUAAGCUUAAGACAGAGUGUGGUUGUCAGUUUACAUCUAAACUUGAAGGAAUGUUUAGAGAUAUGAGUAUCUCAAACACAACAAUGGAUGAGUUUAGACAACAUCUGCAGACCACUGGGGUUUCUUUAGGUGGUGUUGAUCUGACAGUUCGAGUACUAACAACAGGUUAUUGGCCAACUCAGUCAGCAACUCCAAAAUGCAAUAUACCUCCAGCACCAAGACAUGCGUUUGAAGUGUUCAGAAGGUUUUACUUGGCUAAGCACAGUGGUCGACAGCUGACACUACAACACCAUAUGGGCUCUGCAGAUCUUAAUGCCACAUUUUACGGACCUGUUAAAAAGGAAGAUGGAUCUGAGGUUGGAGUGGGUGGAGCACAAGUAACCGGUUCAAAUACAAGGAAGCACAUAUUGCAAGUAUCUACGUUCCAGAUGACCAUUUUAAUGCUGUUUAACAACAGAGAAAAGUACACAUUUGAGGAAAUUCAGCAGGAAACCGAUAUCCCUGAACGAGAGCUUGUUCGAGCGCUGCAGUCACUGGCAUGUGGCAAGCCAACACAGAGGGUACUUACCAAAGAACCCAAGUCAAAGGAAAUAGAGAAUGGCCAUGUUUUUACAGUGAAUGAUCAGUUCACAUCCAAAUUGCACAGAGUCAAGAUUCAGACAGUUGCUGCCAAACAAGGAGAAUCUGACCCAGAAAGGAAAGAAACACGGCAAAAAGUAGACGACGACAGAAAACAUGAAAUUGAGGCUGCCAUAGUUCGUAUAAUGAAAUCUAGAAAGAAAAUGCAACACAAUGUGUUGGUAGCAGAGGUAACUCAACAGCUGAAAGCUCGCUUCUUACCAAGUCCAGUUGUUAUUAAAAAAAGAAUUGAAGGACUUAUUGAAAGAGAAUAUUUAGCACGAACACCUGAGGACCGCAAAGUGUACACAUAUGUAGCAUAAAAGCAUUCUAAAGAUUGGUUAACAGUGGACUAUUUUUCGCAUGAACUGGGAAGUUCCUUUUAAACCAUUAAAAAAUGAAGACAACCACUUUUCACCUCAUUAAAUUACAGUAAAUGUCCUAGACUGUUCAGUCUUUUAACUCCCCACAAGAAUAUGUUCAACAUGAAAGAAUCCGGAUUUUGACAUUUCACAGAUUUUUUCCCUGCAGAGGUCUUCAAGAUCUUCAGUCACAGUUCUUCGGAAAAAAUGUGAAUGUGCUGCCAUGUUUACAUCAGUGUAAGAAAGCAAAGGGCAAAUAAACACAGAAAGUGGUUCAUCCUUAAAUAAAAUUACUGAGGAGUAUUUUUCCCCAGAUGUCGAUGCAUAUGUUUUAUUAUUAUCACAGAGCACCUUGUGUGUGUUUUCAGGCUGGGUCAGAGUCACUUUGCUGAAAGAACUUGUAGGUUUCACAUUUAUGAUCAUCUGUUUUCAGGGGGUUAUUUUAAACAGUUGUUUUCAGUUAAGUUGCCCUUAUAUACUUCAUAGCAAAGCUAAAGUACGUUUUACAGCAUGUUAUGAUUCUUUACAUACAGGCAAAGGCAAGACAGCCUGAAGUUUUGUUUGGUCCCCAGAGAAAAAUGGAAAGCAUGACCUCAUUACAUCUUAACCCGGUUGUAAUUUGAGUUCUUCCAAAUUCGGCUGAGAUUGGGUUAGGUUUGUUCUGCUUUCUUUUGAUGGAGACAGUAGCAAAAGAAAUUUUAGUCUGUAUAAAAUGUAUAAUAAUUUUUUUGCUGGUGUACUCACUGCUGAAGGUGGGUGAUAUGUACAUGGAAUUGUUUCCAUUGCAUUCAAUGUAGAGAAACAAUUUCAGUUAAACUGAUUUAGUGUAAUUUAAACCCACUACUUCUAGUGUAUUAUAGCAGAGGGGACUCUGUUUAAAAUAAAUUAGUUCCCUCUUGAGACUGUGAUGAACUUUUCUUAUUUAUUGAUGUCUUAUUUUUAUAGCCACAUUUCCCUAUAUUUAAUUUUAUUCAGAAAUGCAUCAGAUUUAAGACCAUUAUGCGCUAUUAGUGAUACUUUUUGAGGGUUACAAGCAAAACUAGCAAUAAGUUUUGUCCGGCACAUACCUGCAUACAGGCACAGUAGCACUUAGCGUAUAACUGGUUAUUGGGAAACAUGUAUAACAAGUAUGAUAUUACAACAGUGGAAAAUAUGCCAUUAUGACAUCAAAUCAGAAACACAGUGCAAAAUACUUUGGGUGCUGUUAUAAGUUAAAUGACACUGAAACAUGAAAUGUACACGCUGUCUUCGCUAAUGGAGGAGUGACUUUCUGAACCAACCUUUGUGACUCAGCGUUGCUCUACCACUUGUAGGUUAUUCCUGGGAUGCACUAUGCUUAUACUUUUCUCUGGGUGAUACAAGACGAGCAGGCACACUAUUAGUAUAAAACAGGACGAGCUUUGACUUGUUGAAAGAAUUUUUGAGUCUUGAAUGCUGGUUCGCAAGGUCACUUUCUUUGAGUUCCAUACCCUUUGACAGUGCACCUUCUUGCCAUAAACUAAAUUAAUUGAACUGCAUUUUGGGCUGUUUUUCAUUUGAUGACAUCACUAUUUGUGUAAAUGGAUUUACUUCACUGCAGGGAGAAUGUAUAUUUUUGUUCAGUGAGUGGGUUAAUCAAUCCUGUUUUGUGUAUGCGCAUGAGUGUAUAUGCAGAACUAUUCCAUUUUUGGUUAUUAAACAUUCUUAGGAGAAGGA